UCAGGAAUGCGCGGGCGCCUGAAGGGCCUGUAAGGCGUGUGCAGGUAACGAGCGCCGAGCAGAGCCCGCUGCCCACGAUGUCCAAUGACGGCGCAGGAGCUGUGCUUGGGGCGGGGCCUAGCGUGUAUUCGAAACUGAGGCGCCGGCUGCAGGAAGAUGGCGGCUCAGUCGCGGCGGUGUGUUUCUCCGCGUGCAACGCCGCCCCAGGUUGACUUUUGUGAUGGCACUGAGAGGACGAUUGACGAAGCUUCUUUUACGACUUCCAUGGAGUGGGAUACUCAGGUGGUGAACGGGUCCUCGCCGCUCGGCCCCGCGGGGCUGAAGGCUGAGGAGCUGGCCUCCGGCCAGCAGCUACCGUCUUGGCUGCAGCCUGAGCGGUGCGCUGUGUUCCAGUGUGCACAGUGCCACGCAGUGCUCGCCGAUUCGGUGCAUCUCGCCUGGGACCUGUCGCGGUCCCUCGGGGCCGUGGUCUUCUCCAGUGAGUGCAUUGCGGCAUUCGGGAAAGGAGUUACAAAUAACAUCGUUUUGGAAGCGCCCUUCCUAGUUGGCAUUGAAGGUUCACUCAAAGGCAGUACUUACAACCUUUUGUUCUGUGGUUCCUGUGGGAUUCCCAUUGGUUUCCAUCUGUAUUCUACCUAUGCUGCCCUGGCUGCCUUGAGAGGUUAUUUCUGCCUUUCCAGUGACAAAAUGGUGUGCUAUCUCUUAAAAACAAAAGCCAUUGUAAAUGCAUCACAGAUGGAUAUUCACAAUGUACCUCUAUCAGAAACGAUUGCAGAGCUGAAAGAGAAGAUAGUGCUAAUGCACACUCGCUUAAAUUCACUAAUGAAGAUUCUGAGUGAAGUGACUUCUGACCAGUCCAAGCCAGAAAACUGAUCUGUACCAAAGCUUGAGCGUCAGGUCCAGCCUUUAUUGCUGUCUUCAACAACAGGUGCUGCUUACGUCAUUUCUUGAAAAAGACUGGCUUCAAGAAUGGGGACGGGAAAUGCAGUUUCUACUUACUUCUAGGCUGAUUUUCCAAAUGAUUUGUGAAGCUGUUUUCAGAAGAUGAGAAACUAAGGAUUCUUCUGUUUAUUGCUAUUUGCCUUAAGAACUUACUUUAGAUUCUUAUUGAAUUCAUAAUACUUACCUCUGAACACGUCUUUGACUGUAAAUUUAGGAAUUAAGAUGCAAAGUCUUAUGUCCUCUGAUCUACAGUUGCAUGGUUGGUCUGAACAUAGAGUUGGGCUUAAUGUUGACUACUCGUAUUCUUGCAUGCAGCAGUUGUUAUGAAUACUAUAAAUCAUUUUUUAUUAGUAAAAUUUUACACUUAUAUAAAAUACAGACGUGAUAUUCUAUAGGUAAUGUUUAAUAAAUCGCCUGAAUAAUAUACAA